GGUUGACCUUCCUUCGGUAGGAGGAGUCACGGGGGGAAACCGUCAGCAUGGCAGCGGGGAUGCUAACCAAAGUGGUCCACGGGGUGAGGAGUGCUCGGCUGGUGGGAGCUGUGUUUUCCUGCAGCAGCCGCACCUUCAGCACUGCUGCCAGACCCACACCUGCGGUUCACCACCAGGAUGCUGAUGUAAACGAUAAGAUUGUGAACUUUCCUCUGACCCAGCCGGACUUUUUCAGCGUGUCUGAGCUCUUUACUAUAAAGGACCUGUUUGAGGCACGAAUCCACCUUGGCCACAAAAAAGGCUGCAGGCACCGACUCAUGGAGCCAUAUCUGUUUGGUACACGCCUGGACAUGGACAUCAUUGACCUGGAGCAGACGGCAUCCCACCUUCAGAAGGCUCUGAACUUCACAGCACACGUGGCAUACCGCGGCGGUAUCGUGCUCUUUGUAAGCCGCCGGCGCCAGUUCGCGCACCUGAUCGAAACAACGGCGCAACAAUGUGGCGAAUACGCUCAUGCGCGCUACUGGCAAGGAGGUGUUCUUACCAAUGCCAGUACCACAGGAGUGCGCCUACCAGACCUCAUCGUCUUCCUCUGUACACAAAACAGCGUUUUCCAGGCGCACACGGGCAUACGGGAUGCCGCCAAGGUCAACAUUCCUACAGUGGGCAUCAUCGAUUCGGACUGCGACCCGAGCCUCAUCACGUAUCCAGUGCCAGGCAACGAUGACACACCAGCCGCCGUGGAGCUCUACUGUCGUCUGUUCAGGGUGGCGAUCAACAGGGCAAAGGACAAGAGAAGGCAAAUGGAGCUACUCAAGGGGAUAUAAACAAAAAAAAGGGGGAGAGAGUUCCAGUCUAGAGACACACGUAUGAUCAUAUUACUGCAAGUUCUAUAUGUCUGUUGUUGUUUUUUUUGUUACACUGUGAUUAUAAUUCAGAACUAGUUGUUCAUCUUCUAGUUCUUGGUCCUUGUUGAUAUUUUUUGUCCCCUCAUCCUCAAACAAGCCAGUAAUCAAUACUGUAAGGUAAUUAUUAAACCAAACACCAUCUCUGGGUGUGGCCAUGCAUGGAUUCAGUAAAAUGUGGAGUGUAUAGUGCUUUCGGAUUUGGGUUGAAAAUCCACUCUAUCAACAGAUUGAGUAGUCAAGGAUACUAAAAGCCUCUAAGAUGUUUGUGUAUCAUGUGGAGAUUUGCUGACCCUAACCCUAUUAAACAUUUGGGUUUAAA